GCAGCAGCAGCAGCAGCAAAAGUUGUUCGACCGGCUGCAAAUGGCGUCUGCGCAAAGCGCAGAUAGAAAAAACACACACCCUGGAGAACGCCGGCGACCCGCGACACAGUAUCUUUAUCGCUUAGCGAUUAAACAUAUUUCUCGCUCGUCAAGUUAAACAAAGCCCACUUGCGAAGGCUGAAAGUUGUUUCAGAUCAAGAAGCGCAGAAUAUGCGGCUGUUUGGCGUACUGGCAUGCUGAAGUGAAGUUCGUUUUUGAAUUUUUUUUAUUCCAUACGUAUAGGCUUGAGCGAAGACAGAAGAGGGAAAAUGGAGUCCAGCGAGAGACUGGCCUUGUGCAUUGAGAACAAGGAUUGGGACACUUUGGUGAGCAUUCUGAAACCUAAAGACUUCUGCAGUGAUAUACCGAGAACACUCUGUGAUUUUAAUAAGCUACUGAAAGUUGCUGAACUGUUGACCGACAAUGAUUUCAAUAUCUCUGAGAAGAUAAAAAGCAUUCUCUUGAAGUGCUUGGCCAAUUCCUGUGUCAACGGAUAUCUCGAGAAAGCCUACGUGCCAAAAGAUGGAGAAGACAUUUCCGCCCAUAAAAAUAUUUAUAAAUUUUUAUCCCAAGAGGUUUCCAAGUGGAGUGAAGAGGGUCCGUAUCCGUUCCACAUCAAUUUUCCAUAUGAUGGAGUUGUCAGAUGGGCCAUCAAAACCAUCGCCGACUAUGCUUCCACUCAGAAGAGACUUUCCGAAGAUCAGACUGAAGUUCUGAGAUUGAGUCUCCAGUUUCUGUGCAAUUUCUUCACGUUUGCAUUUAAUAUCUCAACUUCCACAAAUGCUGAUGCUAUAAUGGAAUACAUAAAGGAUCAAAAUUUUAAGGACACAAUUAUAAAAUUAGUUGGUCACGAUCGUGCUCCAAUAGCAAGAGCAGCAUGCGCAUACGUCCACAACAUGGUGAAGCAGCUGUUCAAAGAAUUUUAUGCCACGAUUGAUAAAAAAGAAUUGACUGCGGAACUCAUAAAAUCGACUAUAUCCGAUAUCCAAGCAGCACUAGAUACAGUUAUUCUAUUGUUGAAAGAGCCAAAUUACUUGAAAGAUAUCUACGACGAAAUAAGUAUCGACGACCGAUUGUAUCUACUCGAUAUUAUCCAUCAAGAAGUGCGCUCGUUCGUUUACAACGAAGAGAACAAGAAUACUUACUGGCUUCCAAUAGAGUCCAUUGAAUUCCUGUCGGACAAGUUCAAAAAGAAGAGCGAUUUGAUUCUGAAAACGGUCAAUUCCGAGUUGAACAACAUAGAGCCUACGGAAGUUACGAUUUUGAUCGAUAUCUUGGGUGUACUCACCUCGAACCCCAAAUUGGACGAAUGCAAAAAACUUCAAGAGGACAAGAGUCUCCUCAUUAACUGCGUUUAUCUUCUGAAAGCCAUUCACAUGGUUGGAAAGGAUUCAAACAACUGUUUCACUCCUCUGCAGAAAUUGAGCGAUCUGGCAUUGCAUACAAAGACCGACUGCUGCAACGAAGCCGAAGAUCCGAACAAUCACGUGUGCAAGGAAAAGAUACAAAAUCAUCCCGCGUUCGGCUUCAAAGCUAGUUUGAUAAGAGUGAUCGGCAACCUGGUGCACAAGCACGAGAAGAAUCAGAAUCUUGUCCGAGAAAACGACGGGAUCCCGCUGCUACUCGACUGCUGCAACAUCGACGCUCGAAAUCCACUGAUCAUCCAAUGGACAACUCUGGCGAUUCGCAACCUGGUGGACAAGAACCCGGAGAACCAGGAGGUCAUCGGUAAGAGCGUGAAAAUCGGAGUCGUCGACAGCGCGGUCGUGCGCGAAAUGGGCCUGACCCUGCACGACGAGGGCGAGGGUAACGCAAUCGGCAUAAUGCCUCUGCCAAAGAAGGAUUGAUGCGACUCGUUGCCCAUCUUAUAAUCAACGUCGUCGUCGUUGUUAACUCAUCUAAUCAAAGUCUCUACAUGUAAAUUAAAUGGAAGCAGAAGAAGAAAAAUGCUCCGCCAUUAACUACCAAAAGUAUAAACAUACACACGCACACACAGACACACAGACACAUACAUGGCUAUCAUGAACAUGUAGACGAGCGAUUUUUUUAUCGUACGAUAUAGGAUUUUUGUACGACAAUUUUUCGAACGAUAACAUACCGCAGGCGAUCGCGUCGCUCCCUGCUUUACCUUCCGUCUCGAGAGUAGUAGGAACCUGCUGCUCUUUUGUUCUGUGAAUCGUAAUCUCGAUAACAGAUGUCCUUAUCGAUGCUGCGAAUGCGAUAUAAUGAAUUUUUGUACAUUUUUAAAAAAGAAAAAACGAAACUCGAUGCCAGUCCAGAUUGUAUUGUCAGCUCUUUUGAAUACCGUCUCGGUAUGCUCGUAAAUGUAUACGUAUUAUUAUAACUACUAUAAUUAUUAAUAUUAUUAAAAUAAAGCUCAAAGUGUGUACUAAAAAAAA